UUUUACAUAGAGUUAUAAAUAAAACCUGGAGGCAGGACUUUCUCCCAGCGCCUUAGUGGCGGUGUUUAUAAGGAAGUGACUCCUCACAAGCACCAGAGUGUUUGUAGUUGCCUGAGAGCAGAAGCGUGGAAACUGAAAAUAUGAAACUCUUCGUAGUUUUGUCGUGUUUACUGGCAGGCUGCCUGGCACAGAGGCCUCACCCAUGCUCAAGUCCUCCUCUUCUGAGCGGGGCCCUGUCUGUGUCCUCACAGAAUGAGAAGCUGUGGGUCACUGCCAGGUACCUGUAUGAUGCACUGGGACAACGGAUAAGGCUUGAUGAGUUUGGCUCACAUGACAAUAAGACCUUCUCCUUGGAUGUUCUUCUGCUCUACAGAGAGGCUACCAUGUAUGAGAUUUUCCAUCACAACAAAACAUGCAAGAAAAUGCCUUUGAAGGCAGAUUUCCAGCCUCUGGGAAUCCCAAAAACUGCAUCCCUGCUGGGCCAGUCUGUUCUGGGCAGCUCGUCUGGACCCGGACAAGGACUCCUGGUCAACACCUGGAUCGGGGAUCUGCCCGACAAACAAGGUGAGAGAGGAUGUAACGGUUUCAAAGUGUCACCACUGCGUAUUGAUCCAUGCCAUUUUAUUGACACAGUUACUUUCGUCUCUGUCCCUCCAGGAAAGUUCAUGACCACAGUCACUGAAUUCGGAUGCAUUCCUAUCACCACUUUGUACCACACUGACCAGUUUGGAUGGAUGAUGACAAACUUCUUUAACAAUGUCAUUGGGAUUUCGGACCCCAGUCAGCUCAACCCUCCGGACUUCUGCCCAGAGACGGAGGACAGUACAGAGGAGCCAGCAGACUUUCUUAGCUUGUUCCUUACAAUGCAUUAAAGGCCUGGUUUAACUGAUGUCUCAAACCUUACUGAAUCAGAGCUUUGGUGUUUGUUAAAUGUAUUCCUGCUACAAACAACUUUCAAAUGUUUUUUUUAUAAUCAGUUAAUGCAACUUGAAAAAAAAAAAAAGAAAAGAAUGAUACCAGAUGACUUCAACUUUCUCUCCGGCAUACACAGUUAUGGUUGUCAGUUUUCUUUACCAACAUGGCCCAAAUUAUGACUGUACCUAUAUUGCUGCUAAAUAAACAGGCUUUUGUCUCCCAUUUUCUAACAAUGUACUGUGUGACCACAUGCAUUUUUAUCAAUUAAAAAUAUAAAAAUUCUAAAGAAAUGUA